AAGAUUUCUUUCAUAUAAUGUCGCAGUUCUCGUGCAAGACGCAUGCGCUCCACGAGCGCUAUUACAAGAUCUAUCGUAUUAUUUUUAAAAUACUUGGCCUAUGGCCUUAUCAACAGUCAUAUCUCACACGGCUACACAAUUUAGUGUUUGCUAGUAUUUUAUUGACAUUUAUUAUUGCUCAGGCAGAUGACUUAAAACAAUUAUUGGAGCAAAUCAAAGAUGAUUGGAAUUCAUUGAAGGAUAAAUUAGAAAUUAGUAUUAUAGAAGAAUAUGCUUACGACAUGAGACUAUUCGUAGUAGCUAUAACGAGUAAGAAUAUAAAUUACUAUAAUAUAUUUUGUCAAGUAUUAAGUGUUAUUAUUUUAGUGUUUACCUGUUUUGCUCUAUUUUUUUGUAUAAUAUUUGAAUCGUUGCCGUUAAUACUUGAUGUUGUAUUACCAUUAAACGAAUCACGGCAAUUUCAUUCUGUGACCAUCACGGAAUAUUUUGUCAAUGAAGAAAAAUAUAUUUAUUAUAUAGUAUUACACGAGUUACUAACUGGCAUAAUAGGAACAAUCUUAUUGAUCGGCAUUCUUUUAUUAAUUGUAAUGUACAUGAUGCACGCAUGUGCACUAUUUAAAAUAGCAAGUUAUCGAAUAGAAAACACAAUCGAGAAAAAUGUAUUAAUGAUUCCUAGUCCUAGAAAAGAGGAUCUCCUUUACCGGAAGAUUGUAUAUGCAGUAGUUAUGCAUCAAAGGGCUCUUCA